CGAUAUCGACGAUGCGGAUGGUUGCAGUAUUGCUGAUGUCUAUUUUAUUCAACUGUAUAUCGGGGGAGACUAUGAAACCCAAGGAGUAUUUCCUGGAUGGCAAUGAAAGACUCUCUCCUCGAUAUGGUCGCCUGAAAAAACCUAGAGACCCCUUUCGAAGACGAGGUUUCUACGAUGCCGCAGACGAUUACGACGAAUUAGAUAACAUACGGAUGGCACUAAACCCAAGGCCAGGAAAUAAGGGAAACGUUGCUGAUAAUCGCAAGGCGUCUCAAAGAACGCUUGAAGAUGAUAAAAUCCCGAAAGCUACUUGGAAAACUUUGACAUGAAUUACUGAAAUCCAUGGUUUUACCAA